AUGGGGCUCAGUCGCGGUGGAUAUAAGAUGAAAAACCUCUUCGAAAAGCUGAACAACUUCAUCAGAGUCCCUAGAGGUUUUACUGAUGCUGUCCUCCUCAACUUGAAGGGAGAGUGUCUUGCAAGAGGACUCUCACGUCCAGACCAGAAGUCCUCAAGAGCAGCUUCAUCAAACUCUGCAGUUGGUGGAACUACUUUCAGUUCUUCUUUGACUGGUGACUUUGGUGGCGAUGAAACUGUCUCACUUACUUCUUCAGGCUGUAACACAGGUUUGGGUCUUGCAAGUGGACUCUCACGCCCAGCAAAGAAGUCUUCGACAGCAGCUUCUUCAGCCUCAGCAGGUGAUGGCUCUUUGACUGGUGACUUUGGUGGCGAUGGAACUGUCUCACUUACUUCUUCAGGCUGUAACACAGGUUUGGGUCUUGCAAGUGGACUCUCACGUCCAGCAAAGAAGUCUUCGACAGCAGCUUCUUCACCCUCAGGGGAUAAUAGUUCUUCUUUGACUGGUGACUUUGGUGGCGAUGGAACUGUCUCAAUUACUUCUUCAGGCUGUAACACAGGUUUAGGUCUUGCAAGUGGACUCUCUCGCCCAGCAAAGAAGUCUUCGACAGCAGCUUCUUCAGCCUCAGCAGGUGAUGGCUCUUUGACUGGUGACUUUGUUGGCGAUGGAACUAUCUCAAUUACUUCUUCAGGCUGUAACACAGGUUUGGGUCUUGCAAGUGGACUCUUACGACCAGCAAAGAAGUCUUCGACAGCAGCUUCCUCAGCCUCAGCAGGUGAUGGCUCUUUGACUGGUGACUUUGGUGGUGAUGGAACUGUUUCACUCACUUCUUCAGGCUGUAACACAGGUUUAGGUCUUGCAAGUGGACUCUCACGUCCAGACCAGAUGUCUUCGACAGUUGCUUCUUCACCCUCAGGGGAUAAUGGUUCUUCUUUGACUGGUGACUUUGGUGGCGAUGGAACUGUCUCAAUUACUUCUUCAGGCUGUAACACAGGUUUGGGUCUUGCAAGUGGACUCUCACGUCCAGCAAAGAAGUCUUCGACAGUAGCUUCUUCACCCUCAGGGGUUAAUGGUUCUUCUUUGACUGGUGACUUUGGUGGCGAUGGAACUGUCUCAAUUACUUCUUCAGGCUGUACCACAGGUUUGGGUCUUGCAAGUGGACUCUCACGUCCAGCAAAGAAGUCUUCGACAGCAGCUUCUUCAGCCUCAGCAGGUGAUGGCUCUUUGACUGGUGACUUUGGUGGCGAUGGAACUGUCUCAAUUACUUCUUCAGGCUGUACCACAGGUUUGGGUCUUGCAAGUGGACUCUCACGACCAGCAAAGAAGUCUUCGACAGCAGCUUCCUCAACCUCAGGGGAUAAUGGUUCUUCUUUGACUGGUGACUUUGGUGGCGAUGGAACUGUCUCAAUUACUUCUUCAGGCUGUAACACAGGUUUGGGUCUUGCAAGUGGACUCUCACGUCCAGCAAAGAAGUCUUCGACAGUAGCUUCUUCACCCUCAGGGGUUAAUGGUUCUUCUUUGACUGGUGACUUUGGUGGUGAUGGAACUGUCUCAAUUACUUCUUCAGGCUGUACCACAGGUUUGGGUCUUGCAAGUGGACUCUCACGACCAGCAAAGAAGUCUUCGACAGCAGCUUCCUCAGCCUCAGCAGGUGAUGGCUCUUUGACUGGUGACUUUGGUGGUGAUGGAACUGUUUCACUCACUUCUUCAGGCUGUAACACAGGUUUAGGUCUUGCAAGUGGACUCUCACGUCCAGACCAGAUGUCUUCGACAGUUGCUUCUUCACCCUCAGGGGAUAAUGGUUCUUCUUUGACUGGUGACUUUGGUGGCGAUGGAACUGUCUCAAUUACUUCUUCUGGCUGUAACACAGGUUUAGGUCUUGCAAGUGGACUCUCACGCCCAGCAAAGAAGUCUUCGACAGCAGCUUCCUCAACCUCAGUGGAUAAUGUUUCUUCUUGGACUGGUGACUUUGGUGGCGAUGGAACUGUCUCAAUUACUUCUUCAGGCUGUACCACAGGUUUAGGUCUUGCAAGUGGACUCUCACGCCCAGCAAAGAAGUCUUCGACAGCAGCUUCCUCAACCUCAGUGGAUAAUGUUUCUUCUUGGACUGGUGACUUUGGUGGCGAUGGAACUGUCUCAAUUACUUCUUCAGGCUGUAACACAGGUUUAGGUCUUGCAAGUGGACUCUCACGUCCAGACCAAAAGUCUUCGACAGUAGCUUCUUCAGCCUCAGCAGGUGAUGGCUCUUUGACUGGUGACUUUGGAGGCGAUGGAACUGUCUCAAUUACUUCUUCAGGCUGUACCACAGGUUUGGGUCUUGCAAGUGGACUCUCACGCCCAGCAAAGAAGUCUUCGACAGCAGCUUCUUCAACCUCAGGGGUUAAUGGUUCUUCUUUGACUGGUGACUUUGGUGGUGAUGGAACUGUCUCAAUUACUUUUUCUGGCUGUAACACAGGUUUAGGUCUAGCAAGUGGACUCUCACGUCCAGACCAGAAGUCUUCAACAGCAGCUUCUUCAGCCUCAGCAGGUGAUGGCUCUUUGACUGGUGACUUUGGAGGCGAUGGAACUAUCUCAAUUACUUCUUCAGGCUGUACCACAGGUUUGGGUCUUGCAAGUGGACUCUCACGCCCAGCAAAGAAGUCUUCGACAGCAGCUUCUUCAACCUCAGGGGAUAAUGGUUCUUCUUUGACUGGUGACUUUGGUGGCGAUGGAACUGUCUCAAUUACUUCUUCAGGCUGUACCACAGGUUUGGGUCUUGCAAGUGGACUCUCACGCCCAGCAAAGAAGUCUUCGACAGCAGCUUCUUCAGCCUCUGCAGGUGAUGGCUCUUUGACUGGUGUUUUUGGUGGCGAUGGAACUGUCUCAAUUACUUCUUCAGGCUGUACCACAGGUUUGGGUCUUGCAAGUGGACUCUCACGUCCAGCAAAGAAGUCUUCGACAGCAGCUUCCUCAACCUCAGCAGGUGAUUGCUCUUCUUUGACUGGUGACUUUGGUGGUGAUUCUUUUAUGUCUGCCUUUUCUUCAACUGGUGACUUUGAAGACUUAACCUACACAGGAACCACUGUUCGGUACAUGGGUAUUUUAACACAGAAAAAUGGACAUAUAACUGGAUGA